GUGCAUAUUAAUUGUUCCCCAUUAAAAAAUAUAAAACAUGUGGUGUAUAUCAUGAGCCUCCCCUAUAUAAAGGCAAGACUGCAAACAACUCUAUGUACCUCUCUCUCUCACUCACUCACUCAUAAAUUAAUUACUAUAUAAUUAGGGAAAUUUGGAGAUGGGUUUACAUGGGAAAUUGAUUGCAGCAGUAGAAUUCAAAGCUGGUGGAGAUGUGUUUCAUGAACUUUUCAGGCACAAGCCAGACCAUAUUUCCAAAGCUACCCCUGAUAAAGUGCAUGCUUGUGAUCUUCAUGAGGGUCAAUUUGGUCAUGUUGGUUCCAUCAUUUGCUGGAGGUACACUCAUGAUGGGAAAGAGAAGAGAGCAAAACAAGUGAUCCAAUCGAUUGAUGAAGAGAAGAAGUUGAUUGAAUUCAAGAUGCUUGAAGGGGACUUGAUGGAGCUAUACAAGACUUUCGUUAUUACAACCCAUGUUGAGACAACGGGUGGCAUUGAUUUGGUGACGUGGACAUUAGACUACGAGAUGCUUAAUGAUGACGUGGAGCAUCCCAUCUCGUUGCUCUCCUUCUUCAUCGACCUCACCAAAGACAUCGAGACCCAUCACCUCGCCAAACCUUGAAUUACUGUGAUUUCUGUGGUGACUCGAAUUCUCGACCUAGCUAUUGAUUGAAGAAGAAGCGUCUAAUUAAUUAGGUUGCAUGCACUUUAGUGUCUUAUUUCUUCGUGGGUCAAUAAGUCGUUGCUGGAAGAUGUGUGUGUACGCGCGCGCGCGCGCCCGUGUUUUCAGAGCGAUGUGUGUGUGUGUGUGCACGCGCGUGUUUUCAGUACUUGUGUUGUGUUUUAUUUCAAGGUUAUUUCAAUGAUAAUAAUAAUAAGUGUGUUGCAUGUGUAUACGCUCAAUAGUAGUCGAGGCAUGGACAAAGUAAUGUAAUAUCAGUUUGGAUUUCUAUAAUAUUUUUAUUGUGUUA